UGCUAUACACCAGAAACUAACAUAACAUGGUAAAUCAGCUAUACUUCAAUAAAAAAAUACCUUCUAUGCCUUCUUCAGGAUGAUGUGAAGAAACAAUUACAUAAUAAAUAUGAAAGGUUUAUGACCUCAUAAAUUGCCAUUCAGAUGAAAAAUCAGAACACUUGCAUGCAAGGUAACUCGUUCAGGAAGAGUUUGAAGUGGCUGAGUAAAGCAAUUAGAACAUUUAGAGUUUCCAGUUUUAUUACACGUUUAUUAUGUUUAAACUAUGUUUAAGUUGUGUAGUUUUAUUAUGUUUAAAUUGUAUUGGGGUAAUUUACUUUUACCAACAAGAAAAAUUUGUAGUCCUUGUCUUUUUAACUUUUCAAAGACAAAUAACUCAUAAUUAUAGAGAUCUUUAAGAUGUAAGAAAAAUCCCCAGAAGAGCCACCUUGGUCAUUUGGGUCCACAAUAAAUUCUCAUCUUUGGAAUUCUAUAGAUUUUGAGGCAAAGUUAUAGGCAGAAGCAAGCUAGAGUUGGGGCACUAGGCGAUAUGUGUCAGGUUCUGGCCAGCUGAAUUCAAAAUAAGAAAUAGAAUGAGACAAGUGUUUAAACCCAUUCAGAGGGGGCUGUGGGCAGGCUGGAGAACAAAGCUUUUAAGUUCAGACUCAGAACGUUGGAGAGCUCCGAAAUACGCUGAGGCAGGGUCAGCACCUCGGACAGCACCACACUUUACCUACUUUUCUCCGCUGUAGUUCGUCCGUGAAUGCACGUUGCAAUGGAUUCUGCUAAUUUCCUGAGACUUUUGACUUCUUUGUGCUGAAUAGUUGUAAUCCCCUAUAGAUAGCACUCUUUUGGAAGGCUCUUUAUGACAGUGUAGGGAUGAGAUUCUUUCCUUUCCUUCUAGUAGACUUCAGCAUCAGAGCUCAUAAUUGGACCCCUUUGGGAGAGCUGUGAGUUUGAGACCCAGUAUUACUGGUAUUCUGGGAGCCAACAUCCUUCAAGUUAGGAGGAAAUAUCUGAUACCUGAUUGUGCUACAUGGAGAAUACUACUCAGGAUUCUUCUAUUAGUGGAAAAAAUGUGAGAAAGAGGAUAUGUUGUAUUCAUUUUGAGACAGGCAACUUCUCAUUCAUACUCUGUCAUAACUUGCUACCCUCCCAGUGUAAACCUCUUUUCAGAAAGAGUGGAUUGGGUUUUCUUUCACUGUGGAAGAAACUUCUGAAGUUGGUUGUUGUCAGCAAGUUUUAGUGAAGUCAGGCAAAACAAACUUCUGAAAGAGUUUGGCACUGCAGCCUCUUUCCCCUUGUUGCUAUAGUGUCAUAGUUACAAACUUAUGCAUUGAUUAGUUAUUCCUUUAUUGAAAAAUAUAUAAGGAUGGUUGGACCCACAAUUAAGGUGGAGGAGGAAAAAGGUUAAUAUUAAUUGAGCAAUCACCGAAUCCCAUGUCCUAUUGUAUGUAUUUUAAGUAAAACAAUAUAUGGUAUUUACAACAACUACAUACUAUUACCCUACUUUUCAGAUGAAUGAUUGGAAUUUCAGAAAUGCUAAGUGAUUGCCCAGUGUCUCAUCGCUGAUCAGUGAAGGAACCAGGGCUCCUCAGUUUCAUUCCCACUAAAUCAAAUACUGCAACAGCUAGCUGGUAAGUGAUUUGAACUUACUGACUAGACAGCACUAAGUUCCUUUUCAUUUUUGACACCUGGGUAUACUUUCCUAUGCUGUAAGUGUUUAAAAUGAUGUUGUAAAUUAUAUCUUAUCCUAAAUUUCUAGAUACUGUUUUUCAGCAUUUACUACAUUGCCUGAAAGAGAACUCUGCCUAAUAUUUGUGUCUUAAAGUGGUUGCUAUAAGAUACUAAUGUUGCUAUGCCAUUUUUCGUUUAGCUGAGUACUUAUAUGACAUAUCUCUUUUUCAUUCUUUAAUUUUCAAUCCUUUUGCAUUCUUAUAUUUUAGUAGUACCUUGUAAAUAUCUAUUUUUUCCCUAGAUAAACUUCAGAAUCAUUUUCACAAAGCCAAAACAAAUCCUACUGGGGUUUCAUUUGAGUAGACCAAUUCCUCCUACUUUAUUCUCCUUUUUCAAAAUUGUUUGAAAUUGGCCUUAGAGAUUAAGUCAAGAUGGAAGCCCUUCCUAUUGAAAAAUCACCUGUUCCUUUCCAUUUGUACAAGUAUUUUUUGUUGCUAGUUUAGUCCCCGAGUAUUUAAAGUUUUCUUCAUCUAUGUCUUAAACAUGUAUUGUUAAAUUUAUUCCUAAAUAUUUUCGGCUGUUUCAUUGCUUUUUUGAAUAAGAUCUCUCUGUACCCUAGUAUAUUUCUCCACAUAGUAAGUUGAAUGAUUUAUUAAUUUAAUUCACAAUGUCAAUAAAUAAGGAAGAUUUUUAUAUUAUUGAAACAUCCUUGAACACCUGGAAUGAACCCCAACCAGACUUUUAUUGUUUUCCCACACUUUUCAAGAGGAGACACAGGCAGAACCAUCUUUACUCUGUCAUCUUGAAACUGGAAACACCAAAAGAGAUUUUUUUAAUGCAAGAAGAUUGUCAAUUUCCCCUAGUGGACAGAGAGGAAAGGUCUUAUGGAAGCCCUGGGAAUGCAGGGACAAAGGGUACAGAAGAAGCCUUAGAGCUGAGUAGGAAGGAACAUGGCUAUAGGCCCAGCAUAGAGAUGGACUUCCAGAACAUUGAACUAUGAGAGCCAGCUUAAGUUUUUAACCAUUACUUUGUGUGAUUUUUCCACCAUCCGUCAUUUCCAAGGGGAUUAGUUAGGAUAUGGGCUGCUAGGGCUGAUAUAGCAGCUCCAUGACUCUCCCUUCUGGCUGCUCUCUCAUCCUCAGGGGCCACAUCCUCAUCCACAUGGUCCAAGAUGCUCACACCCCUGGCAGCAUUCCCUGGUUGAGGGACUAGGGAGGGUGUGCUCCUUCUCUUUAAGGGCAUAGCAUUGCUUUUUCCUAAAGCCUAUUUGCCAGAAGUUAGUCACAUGUCCACACUUUGUUGUAAAGGGUGCUAGAAAGUGUUAUUUUUUUUCUGGACUGUCUUUGCCUUGCUAGAGAUUCUGUUACAUAUAAGAAGGGGAAAACAGGGGUUGGAAGACAAGGAGUGUGGUCUUUGCCUCUCCAGGCCUUCUGUAGAGCUUUAGUAACUUGUCAUGCACCUGUCCCAGCACUGUUAGGAGUCGGAGCUUCAUGAUAAUUUAGGAGGCCUUACUUUCUUAUCUGUAAAACAUUUGAGGCCAUCAUUUCUGUAACACUGUGAUCUAGUUCUUUUUUAUUUCUUUAGACAAGACCUCGUUCCUAGCUAAAGGUCUGCUUUCUGGGCUUAGGAAGAAGUGGAAACAGCACUUCUUUCCAAGAGCAGUGUAAUCCCCAGCUAUCAUUCUGACCAAUCAUGGGACCACUUUCCUAUCUGAAUGCUCAUUUUGGGCAACAGUGAUGAUCAGGGAAGAGACGAAGCAGAGAAGAGCUCCUGGUUAGUGUCAUGAUCUCAGGCAUAAGACAUAUCCUACCCUCAGUGGCACUGAAAUAAAGAAAGGUUCUACCAGGAGUUGGGGCUGAAGCCCUUGGACAUGUCAACAACCAAUGUUUAUUGCAUGCCUCCUUUGUGCUGGGCCUUGUGCUCUAGCUGAAGGGGAGAGAAUUAGAAUGCUGAGAGGCUGGAGAGAUGAGGGAGGGCUGACUACCUUCCAGUGUAGCCACACUGGAGGCAUCAGAGCUGAAAGGUGAAAGGCCUGCACUGUCAGGGUUGGGAGGGAACUAAGAGUGGUUAAUCCAGGGGCUUUUAGUGCUGUUCCCCUCCCCCAGGCUUCAUUUUGGAAUUUUACAGGGACUUUUUUGUCACAAGAUUUGGUGAUGUUGGAUGGAAGCCAGGAGGGCCACAAAAAUCCUGCAAUGCACAGGUUGGACCCACCUAUCAAAAAGUUUUCACAGACUUUCAUGUCUUGCUGGACAUUUAUGUGGGUAAAAACUGUUUAGAAAUUACCUGAAUCUAGAGCAUUUUUUUCCCCCAGAUAAACACAGUGUGUUUUUGCACAGUUUUAACAUAGCUGAUUCUCCAGAAAGAUAACUACUGUAUAAUGAAGAGAAGAUUGUACAAUGUUUCAUUCAGAACUUUACCAAAAAGGGAUCACCACUAUGGAUCACACCUUAUGAUUUUGAAACACCAAUGUAAGAUACAAGCAUUGUGGCUGUGGCAUUCAGGCACAUUUUAUGUGAGGAGGCAAAUUAUCUGAUCAAUUUAUUACGUCUCCUACAAUAGUCAUAACCAAACAGUUACAUUCUGAGAUAUAUAUUUUUUAAAUUAUAAAUUAUUUUCCUUUUAUUUCUCUUUUCCCACAUAAAUGUUAUUACAUAACAUUAAUUUUUAAAAUACAGGCUGUUUAUAUUGCCUGUGAUCUUCUAUGCCGUUAUCUAUGAGUUUCAUGACAGGGGAGUAUGGUGGUCAUUAGGAAAUAUUUGUUCCGGAAAGGGGACCUUGAGUUUGACAGCGUGCGAUCCACGGGUCCAGUCCGGAGACUCCCAGAUCUGGCAAUACCUGCAGAUCUACUAAGAUACAGAGCCCCGGCGCCACCCCCCAGGUUUGGACCAGCGCUCGCCUCUCAUUCUUGCCUUCCCAGCCCACUGCGAGGAGCAAUUGCUUUCUGAAUGAGAACCACAGGAGACGAAGAAGAGACAAGUUGGAGGCUCGGAAACAACUGGGCUUGGGCUGCAGGGGGCUAGGCCAGAGCACCAACGAGAGGGAGCGUCGCUGCUCCUAGAGAGGCUCGGUCGCAGCCUGGUGAUGCACUUCCGGCCGUGCCUCAGAGCCGCCUGCUGCGGAGGGUCGUGAGUCAGAGUCAGUGGGGAAGCAGAAAAAGCAGAGCCACACCAGGACGUCCGAGAGCAGAAGUCCGGCUUUUGGAGGCCACUGUCUUCUGGAGUGGUGUCGGUUCCAAAAGCUCCAGUCCUUUUCUGAGAGGGAGACCAGGUGAUGGCAGCCAUGCUCCUAACAGCCUGGCCCCAGGUGAGCUGUGGGUCCUUCAACUCUUCCUGUGAGCAGUUUCUCAUUGAAGAAAACUGAGAAGGGAAGCUGGUGAGCCUUGUGAUGAAAGCUGGAGGGGGCCUCCAUGCUUCUGCCUGCUGGACUGGGGCUUGUGGGAAGAGCAGUGAUGUGGAGGGAUUGGGGCCAGAGACAGGACAGUGAAGGGAUGAUGCAGCAGGAAGGUGUGCCUGAAAGGCAGAAGUGUAGCCUCUGCACACUAGUGUGCUUUGCCCCUGUGGUGCAGGAGCUCCCCAGCAGAGGGCUCUAAGCUGCCCGUGAAUGGAGGAGGGAAGCCGAGGACUAGGGUUCCAGGGACGGGGUGUAGGUAAAAAGGAAUAGAAGGACCAGAUCCACAUAAAGGAUGGCUGUGCCUCUGCUUCUGGGGACAGGGAGGAUGAGGGGAGUGGGGUCAGGGGAGGGAAAGAGGAAGCUGUGGGGCAGGAUGUCUCAUUGUGUCCUGGAGAGGUUUUCGGGCCUUGGGACGCAGUGGCCAACCUUUAGGUCUUUGUUGAGAGCUCUGGAAUCUCUACCUUAGAAAAAUAAACAUGCAAACAAAAUUUUCCGUAUGAUUUCAGAGACUUCUUGGAUCACCUGAUGCUCAUCCAUGGACCUCCAUGGACUAUAGGGCCUGAGCCAUGGAAUUGGCCCUGGGGCAGCAGGAACCUAUUGUUUCAGAAGUCGGUGACCUUCGAGGAUGUGGCUGUGUACUUCACCCAGACGGAGUGGGAUGGCCUGUCCCCUGCACAGAGGGCUCUGUACAGGGAUGUGAUGCUGGAGAAUUAUGGGAAUGUGGCCUCCCUGGGAUUUCCCCUUCUCAAACCUGCUGUGAUCUCACAACUGGAGGGAGGAGGUGAGCUGGGGGGCCCAUCUCCACUGGCCUCUGGAACAGGCACAGGCCCCCAGGGCCUCUGGACUGUAGAUAUUGAUAUCCAGACUGACAAUAAUUUGACAGAGGAAAUGUACGAAGAAAAACAUAAUACAUCAUUUGAACUUCACAGGGACUUUUCCCAGGAAACAGACUUUUCAGAAACCUAUAUUCUAGAGAAACAGCAGGAAGUCCACUCAGUAAGAAGUAUCAAGAAAGAAAACAGCAGUGUCAUUGAUGGGACAGUGGAAGACAAUACAAGCCCCAUGGAGGACUGUUUCUUUAGUCAAAAUCCAAACUUGAAUCAGUGUCAUACCAUCUCCCCUGGGGAGCAGCCCCCUGAGUAUACAGGAUUGGAGGAAGCCUUCAGGUUUGACACAAAACUUAUUCAGCAUGAAAUAAUUAAUUCCAGGGAAAGACCUUUGAGAUGUGAAGAAUUAGUGGAAACCUUCAGGUAUAACGCUCAACUUAACCAGGAUGAAGAUAGCUACACUGAGGAGAAGCCCUAUCAGUGUAAGGAGUGUGGCAAAGCCUUUAGCAUUAAUGCAAAAUUAAUUUGGCAUCAAAGACUUCACAGUGUGGAGAAGCCCUUCAAAUGUGUGGAGUGCGGGAAAAGCUUCAGUUACAGUUCCCAUUAUAUCACACAUCAGACAAUCCACAGUGGGGAGAAGCCCUAUCAGUGUCAGGUGUGUGGGAAAGCCUUCAGCGUUAACGGGAGUCUGAGUAGGCAUCAGCGAAUCCACACAGGAGAGAAGCCCUAUCAGUGCAAGGAGUGUGGGAAUGGCUUUAGCUGUAGUUCUGCAUAUAUCACACACCAGAGAGUCCACACUGGAGAGAAACCUUAUGAAUGUAAUGACUGUGGGAAAGCUUUCAAUGUUAAUGCAAAGUUAAUUCAACAUCAGAGAAUCCACACUGGAGAGAAACCUUAUGAAUGUAAUGAGUGUGGGAAAGGCUUCAGGUGCAGCUCCCAGCUUAGGCAGCAUCAGAGCAUCCAUACUGGAGAGAGGCCCUAUCAAUGUAAGGAGUGUGGAAAAGCCUUCAGUAAUAAUGCAAAACUCAUUCAGCAUCAAAGAAUUCACACAGGGGAGAAACCCUUUAAGUGUACUGAAUGUGGAAAAGCCUUUAGUAUUAAAGGGAAAUUAAUCCAGCACCAGAGAAUCCACACGGGUGAGAAACCCUAUGAGUGUAAAGAGUGUGGGAAAGCCUUCAGGUGUAACUCCCAGCUUCGGCAGCACCUGAGAAUCCACACUGGGGAGAAGCCCUAUGAGUGUAAUGAGUGUGGAAAAGCCUUCAACGUUAAUGCAAAACUAAUGCAGCAUCAGAGGAUUCAUACUGGGGAGAAGCCUUUUGAAUGUAAUGAAUGUGGGAAAUGCUUUACUUCUAAAAGAAACCUACUGGAUCAUCACCGAAUCCACACUGGAGAAAAGCCUUAUCAAUGUAAGGAAUGUGGGAAAGCCUUCAGCAUCAAUGCCAAACUAACUAGGCAUCGGAGAAUACACACUGGGGAAAAACCUUUCAAAUGUAUGGAAUGUGAGAAAGCAUUUAGCUGUAGUUCUGACUAUAUUGUACAUCAGAGAAUCCAUACUGGAGAGAAACCCUUUCAAUGUAAGGAGUGUGGAAAAGCCUUCCAUGUUAAUGCCCAUUUAAUUCGGCAUCAGAGAAGCCACACUGGGGAGAAACCCUUCAGAUGUGUGGAGUGUGGCAAAGGCUUCAGCUAUAGUUCUGAUUGUAUUAUACAUCAGACAGUCCAUACUUGGAAGAAACCCUAUGUGUGUAAUGUGUGUGGGAAAGCCUUCAGGUUUAGCUUCCAACUUGGUCAGCAUCAGAGCGUCCAUAGUGAAGGAAAAUCCUAAUGAGAAGGAUGUAGAGAACUGUCAAGGCUAAAGCUGAACUGGAUCAAGUAUCCUCAGAUUCACCCUGGUGGAAGACCCUGAGAGGGAAAUGAAUAUGGCAGAAUCUCCACAAGGAAACAAAGCUUUUCCAUUUUAUUCAGUUUUAAACAUGGAGUGAUGACCAGUUUAAAUAUAACAUCCAAAAAUAAAUGUUUUAUGUCAACAACGAAUAGAAAAUAUCUCAUUCCCAACAGCAUCAAGAAAAGUAGAUUUUCUAGGUAUAAACUGAAUUAUUCAGGACCUAUGUGGAGAAAUUAUAAAUCUCCACUGAGGGCCACAAAAGGAAAGUUAAAUAAAUGGGAGAAGAGAGAGAUACCUUGUUCUUAAAAAACUCAUAAAAAUACUCUACCUGAAUUAAUUUAUUGCCCUUUUGUUUUUGACAACAAGCAUGCAUCACUUUUGUAAAGAGGAGAAACAAUAAAGAUUUCCUUAAAAAAGGUGA